AUGGGAUGCGAUUUCAAUGGAUAUGGAUCAACAAAUCGAAUCGAUGUCAUGAGUGAUUGCACCGCUGCUCCCUUGUACCAGGAUGCCAGAUCCACGGGCCGGCCGCGAUUGAAUCCGCGCCAACCAGGUGCUCAGAUCCUAACAACAUCUCAGAAAAAAUUCCCUUUCUCUCAUACAGUACACACGGACUCUGAUGCUUUGAUGAACGAGCGGGCCGGGGGUCUUUCGGCUUAUGAACCGUAA